AUAUGAGCGGUGAGAAAAAUCCAUCUUUUGUGCCGGAUGAACCUUAUAAUUAUAGUCUUGCGACCAGCAUUGACAGCAAAUUCAAUGACAAUGUCUUUGGUGUGGAACUCCAGGACGUCAAAAACAAUUCAAAGAACGAAUAUUAUGAUCCUUACGAACAUAGGAAAGUGGAACAUCCUACGACAAAUGCAGAAACUCUGCUUCAUCUUCUGAAAGGAUCUUUGGGAACUGGGAUAUUAGCCAUGCCAAACGCUUUUCAUCAUGCAGGAUACGCAGUUGGUAUAGUUGGAACCAUGUUAAUUGGAGCUUUAUGUACAUAUUGUAUACAUAUGUUGAUAAAAUCGCAGUAUGAAUUGUGCAAACGGAAGAAGGUGCCAAGUAUGACGUAUCCUGCUACUGCUGAAUGCGCCUUCAAUGAGGGCCCACUAAUUUUUAAAUCUUUUACGUCCGCAUCAGUUCAUGUGAUUAACACUUUUCUCCUGAUUUAUCAAUUGGGAACAUGCUGCGUUUACGUGGUCUUUGUUGCAUCCAACAUCAAAGCAGUCGUCGAUUAUAACUUAGGCACUCAGACGGACGUUAGAUUAUACAUGCUGGCAAUUUUGUUACCAUUGAUAUUGAUCAACUGGGUGCGCAACUUAAAAUUUUUGGCUCCCUUUUCAACAUUAGCCAACAUUAUCACUAUCGUAAGUUUUGGAAUUAUUUUGUAUUAUGUGUUCCAUGAUCCUUUGUCUUUAGAUAAAAGGGAAUCAAUAGGCGAACUUCAACAUUUUCCACUAUUUUUUGGAACGGUGCUUUUUGCUUUGGAGGCUAUUGGUGUGAUAAUGCCUUUGGAGAACGAGAUGAAGACUCCUAAAUCAUUCGGUGGUAACGUAGGUGUCCUAAACAUCUCGAUGGUAUCAAUCGUAGUUUUAUAUGUUGGAAUGGGUUUUUUCGGUUACAUUAAGUAUGGUGAAGAUGCACAAGGCUCAAUUACGCUUAACCUACCUGAUCAGGUUAUAGCACAAGUGGCAAAAGUGAUGUUGGCCUUGGCGAUUUUCAUUACACACGGUUUAGCAUGUUACGUAGCCAUCGAUAUAACAUGGAAUGAUUAUGUUGGUAAACAAUUGGAAGAGAAUCCGCACAAGUUGUUCUACGAGUACCUGAUUCGAACGUGCCUUGUUCUCAUAACUUUUUUGUUGGCUGUGGCCAUCCCUAACUUGGAGUUGUUUAUUUCUUUGUUUGGUGCCCUUUGCCUAUCAGCUCUCGGUCUAGCCUUUCCAGCCUGCAUAGAGACAUGUACAAAGUGGAAUCAGGUUCAUGGAACCCAGAGAGCUAUUCUGUUAACUAAAAAUAGUGUUGUGUUCAUUAUUGGAUUUGUGGGCCUAAUUGCUGGCACUUAUACGAGUUUAUCUGAAAUAAUACACAAGUUUUCAUAGAUCAGAUUUUGAUAUAGCAUCAUAUUAACAAAAUUUCCCUUCAAGUCCUAAGAACGCUUAGCUUCAUCAUCAGGAGUGGUCGAGAUUUCCAUAGCAUAGACACACUAUACAUUCUGUACGCCACACUCGUCAGGCCUAUUCUAGAAUAUAACUCCAUAGUUUGGACACCUCACACUGAAUUAUCAAGCAACAAACUUAAUAGAGUGCAACGGAAAUUUGAAAAAUACCUUAAGCACUUUGCGCAAUCGAAAAGAAUUAGUGCACAUGAAAGCAAAAUUUUUUUACUGAAAUGCGAGGACAAUAACCUAACCAAGCGACAGCAAAUUACUGAUCUUAUUUUUUUUUCAUAAGGCAGUAAAUGGCUCAAUUGAUUACCCUGAGAUUCUAGAAAAAAUUAAUUCGAUAUGCCCGAGACAAGGAUUAAGAACUAACCGUAUUGUGCAGACUUCAAAAACGACGAAAAACUAUAUAUUGAACGGUCCAAUGAACAGAGUAGCAAUGGUGGUCAACGAACAGUGCUCAAAACUAAACUUUUUUAAUUCAUCACAUAAUACAUUUACCAACAUUGUCAAAAGGAAUAACACUUAUUAGAAUUUGUUACCAUUACUAGUGUGCUUGAGUCUACAUAUAAGUGCAUGUGCGGACGUAUGUAUGUACGAGUGUAUGUAUAAGUGCCCGUAUGUGUAUUUGUAUGAG